UUUUACUUUUAGCUUGUGACGCUUAUAUUACACAACAUAUAGAAGAUGCAAAUACUUUUUAAAUGCAUUUUGAACGACAAAGAAAAAUGUUUACAGUAAAAUAAGCAAAUCAGGUUAAUACGUUAAACAGUUUGCCCCUCGGGGAUAUUAAAGACGUUCGAAACUCCUCACAUCCUGGGGGUGUCAGUGACCCACCAUGCAUGAUAACGUUGUCUUUUGAACCCAAAGUUUCUUGCAAGCUUGAAAGCGCAGAUACAGCGUUUUAAUAACAAAGCCGAGAGGAGGAACGGGGCUCGGGAAUUGAUUGGCUGGCCAGUAAGGUCUCAUGCAUUCUCCCAGAGCAGUCUGGAUAAGAUCUUUUCUGUGGCAAGAGAGAGAGAGGUAGCUUGUGGAGGUGUAAGAAGGAGCUUAGUUAGUCCCCGAGGUCAACGUAAAGCAGACAGGUACAGUUUGGUGUCAACAAAGCAGGUAAAGGAGAUCUCACUGCACUCCACUGUUCAACAACCUCGAUUUCAUCAGAAAAUCACACCGAGACUGCGAGACGUCAGACCGUGUUGGAGCCAGACUCAUACUUCGUGUUCAGUGCUUGUCUCGAUCAUGGCGGCCGUGCUGGAGAAGUUUGACUUUGCAAUCGAUCGGGGUGGCACCUUCACGGACGUGUAUGCCCGCUUGCCCGGAGGCCGGGAGCGAGUCCUCAAGCUCCUCUCACAUGACCCCCAGAAUUACCGUGACGCCCCGACUGAGGGCAUUCGCCGAAUUCUGGAGGAGGAGACUGGGCGGGCAUUCCCCCGAGAUGAGCCCUUAGAUCCUUCUCUGAUUGGCUGGAUCCGGAUGGGGACGACAGUGGCAACCAAUGCGUUGCUGGAGAGGCGGGGCGAGAGGACUGCCCUCCUGAUCACCCGUGGCUUCCGAGACCUGCUGCACAUUGGGACCCAGGCCCGACCUGCGCUGUUUGACCUGGAGGUACAGAUGGCAGAGAUGCUGUAUGAGGAGGUGAUCGAGGUGGACGAGAGGGUGGUGCUGAAACAAAAGGGCUGCGAGCUGCCCAAAAGAGCACCAGAGCACACCGUCACAGGCAGCACAGGGGAGAGCCUGGAGGUGUGGCGCACAGUGGACCUGCAGCGUCUGGAGAGUGACUUGCGGGGAGUGCUGUCGCGCGGCAUCACCAGUCUGGCUGUGCUGCUGUUGCACUCGUACACGUGGCCUGCCCAUGAGCAGGCAGUGGGCUCCUUGGCCCGCAGGCUGGGGUUCUCGCAGGUCUCCCUGUCUAGUGAAGUGAUACCCAUGGUGAGGGCCGUACCCCGGGGGUACACUGCUGCUGCUGACGCCUACCUCACCCCCAAGAUCCGGGAGUACCUGCACGGAUUCACUCAGGGCUUCAAGGGCGGACUGCAGGGGGUCAGUGUGUUGUUCAUGCAGUCAGACGGGGGGCUCACGCCCAUGCAUCAGUUCUGUGGGUCCAGGGCAGUUCUUUCGGGACCUGCAGGGGGUGUGGUUGGCUACGCUGUGACCACCUACAGCCAGGAGGAGAAACAGCCAAUAAUUGGCUUCGACAUGGGAGGUACCUCCACAGAUGUCAGCCGGUUCGGGGGGCAGUAUGAACACGUGUUUGAAGCGAUGACAGCAGGGGUUCCCCUGCAAGCACCCCAACUCGACAUCAACACUGUGGCCGCAGGGGGAGGCUCCCGGCUCUUCUUCAGGUCAGGAUUGUUUGUUGUGGGACCCGAGUCGGCAGGAGCACACCCAGGGCCUGCUUGUUACAGAAAGGGUGGCCCCCUUACUGUGACGGAUGCUAACCUUGCUUUGGGACGCCUGCUGCCCGACUUUUUCCCACAAAUCUUUGGCCCUAAUGAGGAUGAACCGCUGUCCCGCAAGGAGAGUCUGCACCAGUUUUCUGCGCUUACUGAAGACAUUAACCGCUUCCUUGCCACCCAAUUGCAGCACGACUCUAACGUGGUUGGCCAGUCAGAGACUGGUACUGAUAUUGAUGGACAGUGUCAGACUGGAGUUCUUAAGCCAGGCCAGUCAGAGAUGAGCAUAGAGGAGGUUGCCAUGGGUUUCAUCCGUGUCGCUAAUGAGGCCAUGUGCCGUCCAAUCAGAGCACUGACGCAGGCAAAGGGGCAUGAUACGUCUCGGCAUGUGUUGGCAUGUUUUGGAGGAGCAGGGGGGCAGCAUGCCUGUGCCAUUGCGCGGGCACUGGGGAUGAAGACUGUCUUCAUACACAAAUACAGUGGUGUGCUGUCUGCCUACGGGCUGGCCCUGGCGGAUGUGGUGGAGGAGCUGCAGGAACCGUGCUCCUGGUGCUAUGAGUCACAGUCGUUCCCCCUGCUGGAUGAGAGAGUGGAGUGCCUCAUGCUGCGCUGCCAGGACAUGCUGCGAAGCCGUGGCUUCAGCAGCUCUCAGAUCAGUACAGAAGUCUUUCUUCACCUCCGUUAUGAGCGAACAGACUGCGCCCUCAUGGUGUCUUCAUGUGGUUACCCUGGCAACUCCCAGUCCUGUCGCUCUGGAGAUUUCCUCACAGCUUUUACUGACCGGUAUCUGAAGGAGUUUGGCUUCACUAUCCCCGAUCGCCCCAUUGUGGUGGAUGAUAUCCGAGUCAGGGGUUGUGGGAGGUCAGGGGUUACUCCCCAACCAACAGUCCAUACAGCACAAGGCCCUCCGAAGGUCACAAAGGUGACGCGGUGCUACUUUGACGACGGUUACAUGGAUACCAGUGUGUACCUAUGGGAGGACCUGUCAUGUGACGACAGCAUCUCAGGGCCAGCCAUCAUCAUUGACAAGAACAGUACCAUCGUGGUUGAACCAUCUUGUGUGGCAGAACUGACAGCAGGGGGAGAUGUGCGUAUCAAAGUGGGGGCGGAGAAGCCCUGUGAACUGGGCACUGAGCUGAACACCAUCCAGCUCUCCAUCUUCUCACACCGCUUCAUGAGCAUCGCAGAGCAGAUGGGGCGAGUAUUACAGCGCACGGCAAUCUCCACCAACAUCAAGGAGCGUCUGGACUUCUCUUGCGCUGUGUUCGGGCCAGACGGGGGGCUGGUUUCUAAUGCGCCACACAUCCCUGUACACCUGGGAGCUAUGCAAGAGACAGUGCAGUACCAGCUACGCACUCUGCAGGAUGAUCUGAAGGAGGGAGAUGUGAUCCUCAGCAACCACCCCUGCGCUGGGGGCAGUCACCUGCCUGACCUCACUGUCAUCACCCCGGUGUUCAGAAAGGGGGUGACUGGGCCAGUGUUCUUCGUGGCCAGCAGGGGGCACCAUGCUGACAUUGGAGGAAUCACGCCGGGAUCAAUGCCCCCCCAUUCAACCUCUCUGCAGCAGGAGGGGGCUGUCUUCAUCUCCUUCAAACUGGUGACUGGGGGCAAGUUCCAGGAGGAGGCUGUGACAGCUGCCCUCAUGGCACCUGGCCAAUACCCAGGAUGCUCGGGGACCCGCAAUCUCCAUGACAACCUUGCAGACCUGCAAGCACAAGUGGCAGCCAAUCAGAGAGGGAGCCAGCUAGUGGAGGAGCUGAUUGACAGUUAUGGACUGGAGGUGGUGCAGGCUUACAUGGGAUAUAUACAGAGUAACGCAGAGCUGGCUGUCAGGGACAUGCUGAAGGAGUUUGCUCGUCUCCGCCGUCAACAGACAGGCUCCCUGGAGGUGGAGUCAGAGGAUCACAUGGAUGAUGGAACACCAAUCAGGUUACGGGUGCAAAUCAAUGAAGAAGAGGGCAGCGCUGUGUUUGAUUUCUCUGGGACAGGGCCGGAGGUGUGGGGAAACUGCAACGCCCCUCGAGCCAUCACCUUCUCUGCGCUCAUCUACUGCCUGCGCUGCAUGGUGGGCCAGGACAUCCCCCUCAACCAGGGCUGCCUGGCCCCCAUCAAGGUCAUCAUUCCCCCUGGCUCCAUCCUCCAACCAUCCCAGAAUGCUGCAGUGGUGGGCGGAAAUGUCCUGACAUCACAGAGGGUGGUAGACGUCAUAUUCAGAGCAUUUGAGGUGUGCGCUGCAUCGCAGGGCUGUAUGAACAAUGUGUCGUUCGGCAGCGAGCGGGGGGGAUAUUACGAGACGGUGGCAGGAGGUGCAGGAGCAGGGCCAGGCUGGCAAGGGCGCAGUGGGGUCCACAGUCACAUGACCAACACGCGCAUCACUGACCCCGAGAUCCUGGAGAAGAGGUACCCUGUGGUGUUGCAGCGAUUCAGCUUGCGUCCCGGCUCAGGGGGUGAGGGGCGGUACCGGGGGGGAGACGGCGUGAUCCGAGAGUUGCUGUUCAGGGAGAAGGUAGUGCUCUCGGUGCUGACCGAGAGACGUGCCACACGACCCUAUGGCCUCCACGGGGGGAGGCCCGGAGCCCCAGGUCUCAAUCUGUUGCAGCGAGCUAAUGGGAGACUUCUGAACCUGGGGGCAAAGACGUCGGUGCAGCUAGAGCCGGGGGACGUGUUCUGUCUGCACACCCCUGGUGGAGGGGGCUAUGGAGAGAUGGAGAAGGACGGAGGGGGACAGAACGACAGAUCCAUCUCCAAACGACAGCAACCUCAGAACGGCUUCCCAGAGAGAGGGAGUGUGUUUGAGUACCGGAGAGCACAGGAGAGUGUGUGAGAGAGAGGGAGGAGGGAGAGAGGCCCUGGGAGUGGGCAGAGGGAAGGGAAGUAAGGCAGCAGAGUUGGAGGGGAGAAAGAGGAAUAAGGAAAAGUAGUAACAUUGGUAGUCACAUGGGUUUCCUCCAGGUGCUCUGGUUUUCUUACAGAGAUAUAUGGGUAGGUUCAUUGGCUUCUGACAAAAAUGUCGCUAGUGUAUGACUAAUGUCUGUAUUUGUGUUUUUAUGUGUGCCCUGUGAUGAACUUGUGCCCCAUCCAGGGUGUGUCCUGCUUUGUGCCCAUUGCUUACCAGGAUAGUUUCGUUCCCCCAUGAUCCUGUACUGGAUAAAAUGGUUAGAAAUUGGAUGGAUGGAUUAACAGCUCUUAUAAAAGAAUAAAACACACAUUCGGUCAGUUCUUCUUGUCGAGUUGCCUUCGUUAUUCUGUGUGGGUAUUGUGUGUUCAGUGUGUCUCCCAUGCAGGGCUCAGUAGGGCACACUGAAUUCUAGUGGAGGCAGUGAACACAGGGGGAGGAGAAGGAGGAAUGAGAUCUUGUACUGGAUAAAGCGGUUAGAAAAUGGGUGGAUGGAUUAACAGCUCUUAUAGAUGAGCAAAACACACAUUCAAUCAGUCCCAUUUGAGGCAGUGAACACAGGGGAAGGAGAAGGAGGAAUGAGAAGUACGGGUACAUAAGUAAGGGCAGAAUGACAGACCACAAAGACGGCAGUGAGUGGGCAAGUAAGAUCUAAGACAUAUCUAGGAGAAGGAGGAGAAAGCUGUUAAAAUACAGUAAACAGAAGGAAAAAAUCUGGAACAUGCAUGAAAAAUAAUUGGGUUAAAUAACUCAGCUACUGCACAUGCCCUUAAAUUCCUGCUACAGAACAUAUUUACUAAUGCAGAAUAACUGUACAUGCACUUACAUAUCACAGCUAUCUCUAGUAAGAAACAAAAAGGAGGGACAAAAACAAACUUUAAGUACAUUGACAUACUUGCUUCGGCCUUUUAACAGACAUUUAAGUCUAUUCAAGAACUGGGAAAAUGUCUUCAUAAACUAAAUCAAUAAAACUAAAGGAAAACAUAUAAAGAAAGUGAUUACUUUUCAGAGUUUAAUCAUGAAAAGCAGAAGAAGAAAAAUGAUUGCCUAGAUUCUCUACUUUUUUUGGCCAAAACUCAAGAACACUUGUAUAUAUAUCUCUGUAUAUAAAGAUUAUACAGAGAAUCUCUUUACACUUUCAGCUCCUGCAAUCAUUAGCCCAUCUUACUCACAUUUGUGCAAUUUGACAGUGUUCCAAGACUUUUAAUGUAGCUUAUUUAAUCAAAUGUUUAAAUCCAGCUUCAUUCUUCAUCCUCUGCACAGUACCGCAAAUUGUGGACUAUUGUUAUGCUCUUUUUUAGGACUUUUGAAUGACAUGUAUGUUUUACUAUUGGCUGGGCCCUUCAAUUUUCAAAAUAAAGCAUUUUUUUAAG